CUCUCCGUUGACUCACUCUUCUUCUUCUUCAUCUUCUUCGUUGACCGCUUCCCGCAGCCAACCAAGAAGAAGAACCAGAAGACCAACAAUAACAACUGCUCCCCAUUGGCCCAUUCCUCUUCAAUCUGCAACAAAAAGCAAUUCCUUUUAACCUUUCGCCGUAAGUGAGAAAAACCGAAAGGAAAACAGAGCAAGGAAUCAGUGAACUCAAACAGGGAACAGAAAAAAUGAACGACCUCUUCUCUGGCUCCUUCUCCCGCUUCCGGAGCGAGCACUCCCCGGCCCACCCCGUCUCCGGGGACCUCGAGAUGUCCCAGCCAGGCGGGGGCGGUGCCGGAGUCUACCUUGACAAGUUCUUCGAAGACGUUGAGUCCAUCAAGGAGGAGCUCCGGGAGCUCGAGACCGUCCAGGGGGAGCUCCAGUCUUCCCACGAGAAGAGCAAGACCCUCCACGAUGCUAAGGCCGUCAGGGAACUGAGGGCGAGGAUGGACUCCGACGUGGGGUCUGCGCUUAGGAAGGCCAAGGUGGUCAAGGUGAGGCUGGAGGCUCUGGACAGGUCCAACGCUUCAAACCGGAGCCUUCCUGGUUGCGGCCCCGGGUCGUCGUCGGAAAGGACGAGGACUUCUGUGGUGAAUGGCCUGAGGAAGAAGCUGAAGGAUUCCAUGGAGGGGUUCAACCACCUGAGGCAGCAGAUUGCGGCGGAGUAUAGGGAGACGGUGCAGCGGCGCUACUUCACCGUCACCGGAGAGAACCCCGACGAGCGGACUCUUGACCUCCUCAUCUCCACCGGCGAGAGCGAGACCUUCCUUCAGAAGGCCAUCCAGGAACAAGGCCGGGGUCAGAUUAUCGACACGAUCCAAGAAAUCCAGGAGAGGCAUGAUGCCGUGAAUGAGAUCGAGAAGAACCUAAAGGAGCUCCACCAGGUCUUCCUGGACAUGGCGGUCAUGGUGCAUUCCCAGGGCGAGCAAUUGGACGACAUUGAGAGCCAGGUCGCGAGAGCUCACUCCAUAGUCCAGCAUGGUACCGAGAGCUUGCAGGAUGCGCGGACUUACCAGAAGAGCAGCCGCAAGUGGACAUGCUACGCGAUCAUAUUACUCCUGGUCAUUAUUUUGUUGGUAGUCCUCUUCGUCAUUGUAACUAGAUAAUCAAUCACCGAACUUUUCGUUAUUUGUAUAUUUUUUUUUUCCUUUUAAUAACCGUUUGUUUGGAAGAUCUGCGAUUAAUUGUUGUUAUAAAGAUAUGAUUCUUUUGCUUGGCUUAUUAGCUUGAGAAGGCAGAAGUAAUUGUCCGGGGAAAAGAAACUUAUUCUCUUUUCUUGAAAGAAGGUGAAACGCGUACGGAUUUAUUUUCCGUAAAAUUUUAUAAUUCAAUUUCAAAUAAAAGG